AUGCCCAAGACGGACACAGGGGGUGCUGAUUACCUGGGGUCCUCUGCUCCCACAGAGAUAUUGGCCCCACUUGAGGAAUUGACUGACAGUUUACUUCUGUUCCAGGACCCCAGUACUUCUCCGGAGCCGAACCCAGAGCCUGAGGAGCUCACUGUACAGCAUCAGGAUCUGACCAACAAACUGACACCACCUGGGAAGCAGCCAGAGAAUAGUUUAAUGCUAAAUGGGGAUCAAGUUCAAUCUACCAUUCUGCCUUCACAGUUCAAAAGUACUGCCAAUAUAGGUGAGGCUACAGAUCAUCAGUUUUAUGAAAUACUUGUUCCAUCACUAGACAGCCAGAGUUCAAAAGCAACAAAGUCCAUUGUUUCACCCAAAGAGUUGAAGAAAGAUCAAGCUCAGCAUAGGAAACUUGCAAAAGUGGUUGUUGGAAAACCUCAAUUUCAGAAACAAGUCGUGGAUGAUUACUAUGAAGAUCUAAAUAUGAAUGAAGCUUAUUCUUACAGCCUUCCACUGCAAUCUCAGGAGAAUGCAGAUGAAGCUUCAGAGCUCCUAGAGCAGGCUGAACCUAACCAUCUGAAGACACAAAAUGGAAAUCCAGAGAAUCCCCAGAAGGAAGCUUUAGAUUAUUUCUCACAGCCCCCUGAGGGAGGUGAACCUUUAAUUCAAAAAGAAGACUCAGCUCACCGACAACUUUCUUCUGAGGAGGUAUCAAUGCAACCUGAAAUAAACAGUCCACCUCCAGAUAGAAAUGAAGCUCAGCACUUAAACUUGCCAAAUGUUACAGUGAAUCCUUUAGAUCUUGAGACAGUGACUUCAGAGGCAGAUAAGGAGGAACAAGCUUCUCUGAGCCAGCAAGAGACCCUAGCCCAGUUUACAGAAAGUCCUGAGCUGUUGGAACCUUCAUCAACCCAACAAGAGGCCCCAGACGAGACUUCAGAGCUUCCUGAAGAUCUUGACAAAUCUG